CAAAACCCCCCGGCUUCUUUGCGCCCAGUUGCCCGACUCCGCGUGUGGCCUCCGAGCUUGGCUCAAAAUGCCCGGGUGCUGCUCGGAGAUAAGGCUGCGGGGAAGAGCUCAGUGCGUCUCCUGGCUUCCCUGGGCCCUCUGGGGCAGCUUGAUCCUGGCUCCGGCUUGCGGGUACGUGAUCGUGAAUUCGGUCUCCUGGUCGGUCCCCAACGAGGUGGAAGAAGAGCUGGACAGCUCCUCCAACGAAGAGGCGCUCCCCGCGCUGCUUGAAGACACGACCAGCCUUUGGAAGCAAAGCUACCCGGCCUCGGUGUACAAAGAAGAGGAGGAAAUGCGGGCCAGGCCGGGAACGGGGAGGUCGAAGCAGAUCGCUUCGCCGUCGCGGAUGUUUUCGUACAGGCGGGAGAGCGUCAAAGGAGCAGACAGCCCCGCGCUUCCUCUGGAGCGAGCAGCCCGAACGGCCCGGUUCCUGAUGCAUCGCCACGGCUGGGGCUUCUUGGCCACGACAUCAACCCAAGAAAAGAUCCAAGGGACACCAUUUGGGAAUUGUUUAUCUAUUAGUGAUGGCCCCACAGACAACAGCACUGGAAUUCCUUACUUCUACAUGACUCCAAAGGAUAACACUGUAGCUGACCUGAUGAAAAAUUCAGUGGCUUCAUUGACAUUGCCUGAGGCAGAAGGAGAUUCCUGCAGAAAAACGAUUGUUGAUCCCGAUGACCCAAGGUGUACCAGGCUAAUUUUUACUGGAGAGAUGGUUACAGUGCCUCCAGAAGAACUGGAAUCUGUCAAGCAAGCUCUGUUUUCUAGGCACCCCAUAAUGAGAAAAUGGCCUCGCAAUUAUGAAUGGUUCUUUAUGAAAAUGAACAUUGAACAUAUAUGGCUACAGGACUGGUAUGGAGGAAUUACAACCAUUACAUUGGAGGAAUAUUUCAGAGCAGUUCCUAGUAAAGCUUAAUUGAUUUUUUUAGUAUGAGAAUUCAGUGUUUUCAUAUUUAAUUCAGAACAAAGUGUUUUAUAUAUUAUGUGAUCAGGUAUUUAUUUAACAAUAUUUUUGUGCAAAGUUUUGAAUGUGGCUCCAUCUUAACUGGAGCAGAAUAAUUUAUGAACAUUAGAAGAUCUUACUCUGGAGACAGGUCAUACUAAAUUACUACUUAAUAUGUUUUGAAUACUUUUGGAUUUUUAUAAAUAUAAAUCCCACAGGAUGUAUUGUAAUAAAUUCUAAAACUGGACAGA